AUGUUCUUAAGAUCCUAUUUGAGUGCAGGCAUGGCGGUGGUGGGAACUGGACCCAGCUCGGGAGCAGGUGGCAGGCCGAGCCCGGGAGUGGCUGCAAAUGCAGCAGCUGCAGAAGACGGAGAGACGAAGCCGGCUGCACCAGUAGUAGCCGCUCUGGCUGGAGAGGGGACGUCUGCUGCUCCCGCGGCGGAGCCCAGAUGGGGAGAAGCUGAGAGUGGGGAUGCCAGCUUGGCGGAUAUAAGCAGCGGUUUAAAGAUGGAAUCCACGAAUGGGAAGGAUACACUAGACGGCGCCGGGGACACAUCGGAGGUGAUGGACGUGCAGACGGGUUUGGUGGAUGAGAACUGCUGGCAGCUGGGGGAAGUGGAGCUGCAGUGUGGCAUCUGUACGAAAUCGUUCAUGGUAGAGACUUUUGGCAUCGACACUUCAUUCUGCCUGCCUUUCAUGACUAACUACAGUUUUCAUUGCAAUGUUUGCCAUCACAGUGGGAAUACCUAUUUCCUCCGGAAGCAAGCAGACUUGAAGGAAAUGUGCCUUAGUGCUUUGGCCAACCUUACAUGGCAGUCCCGAACACAGGAUGAGCACCCGAAAACCAUGUUCUCCAAAGAUAAGGAUAUUAUACCAUUUAUUGAUAAAUACUGGGAGUGCAUGAACCAGAGACCUGGGAAAAUGACUUGGCCAAAAAACAUUGUUAAAACCAUUAGUAAAGAGAGAGAUGUGUUUUUGGUAAAGGAGCACCCUGAUCCAGGGAGCAAAGACCCUGAAGAUUACCCCAAAUUUGGACUUCUGAAUCAGGAUCUUAGUAACAUCGGUCCUGCUUACAACAACCAGAAACAAAGCAGUGCUGUGUCUACCAGUGGGAAUCUAAAUGGGGGCAUUGCAGCAGGGAGCAGUGGAAAAGGAAGAGGAGCCAAGCACAAACAGCAGGAUGGAGGGACCACGGGGACCACCAAGAAGGCCCGCAGUGACCCUUUGUUUUCUGUUCAGCACCUUCCCCCUCAUGGCUACCCCUUGGAGCAUCCAUUUAAUAAAGAUGGCUAUCGGUAUAUUUUAGCUGAGCCUGACCCCCAUGCCCCUGACCCUGAGAAGCUCGAACUUGACUGUUGGGCAGGAAAAUCUAUCCCUGGAGACCUCUACAGAGCCUGCUUGUACGAGCGAGUUUUGUUAGCCCUACAUGAUAGAGCUCCCCAGCUGAAGAUCUUCAAUGACCGGCUGACUGUGGUUGGAGAGAAGGGCUACUCCAUGGUGGGGGCCUCUCAUGGGGUAUGGAAAGGUGCCUGGUACUUUGAGAUCACUGUGAAUGAGAUGCCACCCGACACUGCUGCCAGACUGGGUUGGUCUCAGCCCUUAGGCAACCUCCAAGCUCCCUUGGGCUAUGAUAAAUUCAGCUAUCCUUGGCGGAGCAAAAAGGGAACCAAGUUCCAUCAGUCCAUUGGCAAACACUACUCCUCUGGCUACGGACAGGGAGAUGUCCUGGGAUUCUACAUCAACCUUCCUGAAGACACGGAGACAGGCAAGUCAUUGCCUGACACAUACAAAGACAAGGCUUUGAUCAAGUUCAAGAGUUAUCUGUAUUUUGAGGAGAAAGACUUCGUGGAUAAAGCAGAGAAGUGCCUAAAGCGGAGUCCCCAUAGUGAGAUAAUAUUUUAUAAAAAUGGUGCCAAUCAAAGUGUGGCUUACAAAGAUAUUUUUGAGGGGGUUUACUUCCCAGCCAUCUCACUGUACAAAAGCUGCACAGUCUCUAUUAACUUCGGGCCGUGCUUCAAGUAUCCUUGUAAAGACCGCCGCCCCAUGAGUGACAUGGGCUGGGGUGCUGUGGUAGAGCACACCCUGGCCGAUGUCUUGUAUCACGUGGAGACAAAAGUGGAUGGCAGGCGGAGUCCUCCGUGGGAACCCUAACUGUCCCCUCUGUUUUCGGACAUGGACUUUCUGGGGGAGAAGACUGGGGCUUUGGUUUUUGCUUUUUACCUGUGCCCAGUGUUCCCACAAGCUGCCGCAGAGCACGGCCUCACCCUUCAGCAAGGCGGAAGGCUGGGUGGGCCUGCGGGACACCCCCUGCUCUCGUGCAUCCCGUCCCCCGCUUCCAGUGACUGCUGUUCUUCUGUGUGCCAUAAACCGACAGCCGCUGACCCCAGGAUCCUGUACGCUCCCUGUGGAACUGGUGCUGUGCCACAUCCCCUGCCCGCAGGGACUCGUUCCCUCACUGGAUUUUCUAAGGCGUGCAUAAUCUCGUCCAAGUAGCUAAGUUAUCUGAAGACGCAUAGGCAUUGACUCCACCCCACCCCACCUCACUUCUCCUCAGGGGGAGGGCCUGCUUCCGAGGACAGCUGAAAUCAAUGGUUGUACCUUCCAGAGCAGUCUAAAGACUGUCACCUCUCUGCGUGAGUUUGGUUUUGCUAUUAAUUGUGAACACUGGGACCUCUGAAACGACUAGGUCUCCAGAGCUGUAAUUGUGACAGGGACUUGCUUCCACUUUAACAGAAACCCUUCCCAAUAAACUUGUUCUCAAGUAAAAAAAAAAAAAAAUCCUAUUUGAUAAGAUUCCUACUUUUUGUAACCAUAUGGCAUGGAUAUAUCAAAGCUUAAAAAUACUCAGUGCAGACAAUAUUUUAAUAUGAAAAAACAAACUUAUUGGAAAUAAUGUCCAUGCUUUUAUAACUGCACCUUUUAAAGGCUGGUCAUAAUGUUUAUAUGCAAGAACAUCUGUAGUCCUGCAGUACUUAGUUUUCCAUCCAACUUGGAAAAUGUGCCAAGGAAACAUGCUCCCAGGUAGUAGGGUAGGUGAAAGUGGAUUGGAGAAGCACUAUCAGUUUUUUAAAGGAAGAACAGUAAACACAAAGCAAUGCAUUGUUUCAGAAGCAAUAUAUCCUUUUUUGCUUCAUGUCAAUUUGACUUCCUUGUAGGCAGACAUAGACAUAGGCUGAGGAGAAAGGCUUGAUGUUCACACAAAAAGCUAAGAUAUUUGACUAGUUAGCAGUUGCCCACUGUACAUGAUUAACUUCAAAUUUACUCCGUAUAAACAAGAUGAUGAUGGUUAGGUGAAAUGUGGGAGGAUGAGGCUAAAGCCAAGGGGUAGGUUCUCAGGUGGGUCUGUGUUGCAGGAGUCCCUCAGGUUGGGAAAUGGAGUCUGGUCCAUGCUCUGUGUCUGAGUGUCUGCUGUUCAGAAAAAUCACUUUCUACAGCUGGUGAGGAAGGGAUUGCAUUCCCAAAAUUUUUCCCAGCCUAAAUUCCAGUGGACUAAUGGAUUAUGCCAGCUCUGUUCAUUUCCAUUUCAUUUUGUGCAAAAGGGAUACCUUAUAAAUAGAGCAUUUUCAUUAUACACAAAGACUGUACAACAAUGUAAUUUUUUGAAUCAUACUAUAUAUUGUAUAUAAAUUGUUUUAAUAGCUAUUUUAUAAACAGAUUUACUGAUUCUGUAUUUUAAAAUGUUCACUGGUAAUCUUAAGUUAUAAAGAGAAAAAUGCAGUUAAGAAUUAAAACUGGGGCUGGUGCCAUGGCUCACUUGGUUAAUACUCCACCUGCAGCACCGGCAUCCCAUAAGGGCACUGGGUUCUAGUCCCAGUUGCUCCUCUGUGGCCCGGGAGGGCAGUGGAGGAUGGCCCAGGUGCUUGGGUCCCUCCACCCACAUGAGAGACCAGGAAGAAGCACCUGGCUCCUGGCUUCAGAUUGGCGCAGCGCCGGCCAUGGUGGUCAUUUGGGGAAUGAACCAACAGAAGGAAGACCUUUGUCUCUCUGUCUAUAAAUCUACCUGUCAAAUAAAGUUUUUUAAAAAUUGAAACUGAA